GUGGGAGGGAACAUAUCUUAGAAGAACAGAGAACAAACGCAGUCUUGUGCUUGAAUCCUGUCGGUCACCAGUUGGCAUGAUGACCUCCUUGGGCAGGUUCCUUAGCUGUAAAAUGGGAAUAAUUGUGCCUCCCGUGAUUCGAAGGUUAGAGACUAACGCCCCCUUUACAGUGGGUAAUGAAAUGGCAAAUAGGUGCUAUCACAUGACCCUCGUCAUGGGACGGAAAGGCCAACAGAUGGGUCAGAAUUCGCAACCUCGGAUCACAGCGCACGGAAUGCUGGCUUCUUCUCUCUAGGAGGUGGGGACAAGCAGGGGGAGGAGGAGCUCGCUCCUUGCGACCCGCCCAUACCAGUCUGGCCUGGAGCUGAGGUAUCCUGGUCGCCUGCACGCGUACAGCCUGUCCUGGUGCCCCGGUACCCCAACCAGGUCUGGUCAUGUCCCUGCGCCCCUUGAUCUGGCCGCUCCAGCUGCUGCUGCUGCUGCUCAAUGGGUCGGUGUGCCAAGCUGAGGCUGGGCCAGAAACCGAAAGUCCUGUCCGGACCCUCCAAGUGGAGACCCUGGUACAGCCCCCUGAAUCGUGUACAGAAUCCGCUGCCGUUGGAGACACACUCCACAUCCACUACACGGGCAGCUUGGUAGACGGACGCAUUAUUGAUACCUCCCUGUCUAGAGAUCCUCUGGUGAUAGAACUUGGCCAAAGGCAGGUGAUUCCAGGUCUGGAGCAGAGCCUUCUGGACAUGUGUGUGGGAGAGAAGCGAAGAGCAGUCAUCCCUUCUCACUUGGCCUAUGGAAAGCGAGGGUACCCGCCAACCAUCCCAGCGGAUGCAGUGGUCCAGUUUGAUGUGGAGCUGAUUGCAUUGUUUCCAGCCAACUACUGGCAAAAGCUGCUGAAGCGCUUUUUGCCUCUGGUAGGCAUAGCUAUGGUGCCGGCACUCCUGGGUCUGAUCGGGUAUCACCUAUACAGAAAGGCCAGCAGACCCAAAGUCUCCAAAAAGAAGCUGAAAGAAGAGAAACGAAACAAGAGUAAAAAGAAAUAAAGUGAUCUUUAACAAAA